GCCAAUCACGUCAGCUGGUGCGUGUCCCUUGAGCAGAACGACGUCUGCCGGUCGGUUGCGCCAACCCUGAGAGCCCAAGAGCCCGAAAGACAUGCGAUUUCAUUCUAUCACUCACCAACCCACCAACACGCCAGCUCAUCUGCCCCUCUCCUCUUGAGUCGGAACUUCACCCACCCUAUCCCCCACCCAUUUCGUACUCGUACCACACUCCGAUACAAGCACCUUCUGCUCAUCCUGCUCAUCAUCUAAUCAUAUUUGCAACCCACUGCUUUGAUGUAAACUCAUGUUGCGAGCCCAAUCUGUACUUAGCCGGCAGACGAUAUAUACUCCUCUUCGCGUAUGUAUACUUUUACCUUGUCAUUCUGAUACGAUUCAUGGGCUCCCGGUACCGGGGUAGUCACAGUCAGAGAGAGAGAGAAAGAGAAAGAGAAAAGUAG